GUCGAAAAAGCGUCUGCUUGUUUUUGAAUGUUAUUGUUAUAUAAGUUGAGCUUGAGCUGAGGCAAUUAAAAAUUUUAGCAGUUCUUGUUGUUAAUCGAUGGCAGUUGCACUAAUUCAAGGUGCCUCAAAGGGACUUGGUCUUCAGUUUUCCAAAGUUUUAACUGCUAGAGCUGAUGUGGCAAAAGUAAUAGCUACCAGUCGAGGUGCAGAAAAUGAAGCAGUGCUUCUUGACAUACAAAAACAAUUUCCUAAUAAACUUGUGCUUAUAAAUGUUGAUAUUACAAAAGAGGAUAAUAUCAAAAGAAUUGUUCCAAUAAUCACAGAAAAAUCCGGUGGAAAACUAGAUCUUGUCUUAAACUGUAGUGCUAUUCUACAUCCUUCGGGAAAAGGAGAAACAAGCUUACGUGAUGUUUCUUUUGAAGGACUAAGAAGUACUUUUGAGACCAACACAAUUGGACCACUUUUAACUGCGAAGUAUUUUUCACCAUUGUUGUUGAAAAGUUCUGGCUUGUUUGGAAAUCAGUCUGGAAAAAAACAUUCUGGAAUCCUAGUCAACAUGACAGCUAAAGUAUCAUCCAUAUCUGAUAAUCAAAUUGGGGGUUGGUACAGCUACAGACUGUCAAAAACAGCACUGAAUAUGGCGACAAAAAAUUUAAGUAUUGAGUUGGGGCGAGGGAAAUCUAAAGUAAUAUGUGUAGCGAUGCAUCCAGGAACUGUCGACACGGACCUUUCCCGUCCUUAUCAUAAAGGUGUCCCUGCUGACAAACUGUUUUCUACCGAAAAAUCCGUAAACUUUUUGAUGACUAUCAUAGAUAAGCUUUCAGUUGAAGAUACAGGGAAGUGCAUUGGGUGGGAUGGGAAUAUUAUUCCUUAUUGAUGUUCACAACUAUAUUUCUGUUACUGGAAAACUAAAUCUAUGAUUUGUUUUGGUACAGUGUAGGUCACAAUGUAAUAUACAAAUGCUCUAGAAUUUUAA